AAACGUCAAUUGAAGGAAGGCUGGAAGAGGACUGAGUGUUGAAGAAUCUAUGAUAAAAUUCGAAAUACCAAAAUAAUUUCAGUUUUAGUGUCGAUAGGAUUUAAUCAGCGUUAAUAAUUGACCAUAUUCACCGGCCAGCUCCAUCAGGUUUAAAAAGUUAAAUUAAAAAUAUGAAAGUUUAAAAUUGCUGCUCAAUAUUCAAAUAUAUAAUAAUAUAGAUAGUUGUAGUGUUUCUGUUCAGUGUAUGUAAAAGUGAGAUAAAUGUGUGAAAGGUACCCGGGUUACCUGUUCGGAGGCACUCCUGUCAGCAGCUGGGACAGGGGUUUUAAUUCAUUGGAGAAUCAAAUACAACAUCAGUACAGAGGGCGUUCAGGUUUGCCGCGGUGUUGGGGCAGCAUGUCGGAGGGGGGAGGGGUGUCUGCCGCCGGCGGUGACACGGCCAAGACGAAUCUCAUAGUGAAUUAUCUGCCACAGACAAUGACGGAGAAGGACCUGUACGCGAUGUUCAUGACGAUAGGACCGAUCGAGAGCUGCCGGGUUAUGAAGGAUUUCAAGACUGGCUACAGUUACGGGUUCGGCUUUGUGAAUUUCACGCGGGAAGAGGACGCCGCUCGGGCGAUAGAAACCUUCAACGGCUAUCAGCUGAGAAACAAACGGUUAAAGGUGUCAUAUGCCCGACCAUCAGGCGACGAUAUAAAGGAGACGAAUCUCUACGUGACGAACUUACCGCGCGCCAUCACCGAAGAACAGCUGGAGACGAUCUUCGGCAAGUACGGCAGGAUAGUGCAGAAACACAUCCUGAGGGACAAGAGCAACGGCACUCCCAGAGGAGUCGCUUUUGUUAGGUUUGACAAAAGAGAAGAGGCACAGGAGGCGAUAGCUGCUUUAAAUAAUGUGAUACCAGAGGGCGGCACUGAACCACUCAGUGUUAAGGUCGCCGAAGAGCAUGGGAAGCAAAAAGCGGCGUACUAUGCCGGAUGGGCGGCGGGGUUCCAUCAUAACAGAGGUGACUUCGCUUGGAGUUGUGGCAGCUGUAUGAUGCCAGAUCCUUGGGAGAGAUUCUCAUCUCCACCGCUAGGGGGCAGUCAUCCUUCCACCCCCCGCAACGGGUGUCGCCCAGGCGCCUGUGCCAAUAGAAUAUACCCUAACUACCUCCCUGGCAAAGGCAGAGGGAACAGAGGGGGGCGGAACCCACCGUGGGCCGGAUUUGCCGAAGACAGGUUUAAAGGCCAACGCUGCAGAAAUGGACCCGCGCCAUAUUGCGGGACGUUUUAAGGCGAGGGCUUGAUGCUCCUCGUAAGAGCCUUCGAAGUUUGCUAAAUCCUCUUUUUUUGACAUAGCUGAGGAUUGAAUGUAGUAUAUUUAUUUUUUCAAAUUUUUUCUUGUAAAUAUGAAAUGUUGUUUAAUUUAUAAGAUUUGAAGUUUCUUUAUCCUAUAAAAGUAUUGAUUAUUCUGUUUUGUGGAGAGAGUUUUAGUUUUUUCUCUUAACUUCGUUUAACCUUUGACUUUAUUAUUUUAUGUCUUCUUUCAUAUUUUUACAUAAUGGUAGGGAUUGAUUUUAUUUUUAUUACGACAUAUGUUGAUUUGCGCUGAUGAUUUUCUUCAUGAUAAUUGAUUUGUUUAGUAAAUAAAUUUAGUUCUUAUUUGCAGUUUCAUAGAUUUUUCAAGAGAAUUUAAUUAUAAAUUAUUUUUUUUUUCUUGUUCGUUUGGAUUAUGUAAAUGAAUUACAAUCUGUUACGGUUGCGACGCGCAAGUUACAAAGUUGUAAAAACUUUUUGUAUUAUAUUUUUUGUUCCUUUAUUUGUAAUAUUAAAGUUGUUUUAAAUUU